AUGGCAGAAUUUGAUGAUAUUUGGAAAACUGAAGGGUUGAAUGUGAGCGCACCAAUCACAACUCAUAGAACACCAACAAUUCGAAAUUAUACGACGAAACCGAAAAUCGUGAGUUUUAUUCGGAAGAGGAGAUUUUCAUUAACAAUAUAUGAUUUUUGCAGGUUUAUCAAACUGUUUGUGGUGUGAAUGGUCCUUUGGUAAUUGUGAAAGAUGUUAAAUUUCCAAUGUUCAAUGAAAUUGUGAAAAUUACUCUAAAUGAUGGCUCAAUUCGGACCGGACAAGUUCUAGAAAUUGCCAAAAACAAGGCAGUGGUUCAAGUUUUCGAGGGAACCUCUGGAAUCGAUGCCAAGUAUACUUUAUGCGAAUUCACUGGCGAUAUUUUCCGCUGUCCAGUUUCGAUCGAUAUGUUGGGUAGAAUUUUUAACGGCUCGGGAAAACCGAUCGAUAAAGGACCUCCCGUGUUGGCCGAAGAUUUUUUGGAUAUCAAUGGACAGGCGAUCAAUCCGUAUAUUCGAAUUUAUCCCGAAGAAAUGAUUCAGACUGGCAUUUCGGCGAUUGAUGUGAUGAAUUCGAUUGCACGCGGGCAAAAAAUCCCGAUUUUCAGUGCUGCCGGUUUGCCGCAUAAUGAAAUUGCAGCGCAAAUUGUUCGCCAAGGCGGUUUGGUUCAAUUAUCUGGAAGACCAACAGAACAAACUAGUUUUGCUAUUGUUUUUGCGGCGAUGGGUGUUAAUAUGGAGACUUCACGAUAUUUUAAACAGGAUUUUGAGGAACAUGGUGAAUUUUUAGUUCUUACAGAUUUUUCACUGAUUUUUAAGGCUGUAAAUAAGAUAUCCAGCCAAAUUUCAUAAAUUCAUAUCAAAAAGUAACUUCAGAAUUAUUGUAUCUUUGCAGGUUCAAUGGAAAAUGUGUGCCUCUUCCUGAAUUUGGCCAACGAUCCAACAAUCGAACGUAUAAUUACUCCACGAAUCGCCUUAACCGCCGCCGAAUAUUUCGCCUAUCAUUGUGGAAAACACGUUCUAGUUGUGCUAACUGAUAUGUCUUCGUAUGCUGAAGCUUUGCGUGAAAUUUCAGCUGCACGGGAAGAAGUUCCAGGUCGACGCGGUUUUCCUGGAUAUAUGUAUACGGAUUUGGCAACAAUUUAUGAGCGAGCUGGAAGAGUGAAAGAACGUGAUGGUUCGAUUACACAAAUUCCGAUUUUGACAAUGCCAAAUGAUGAUAUAACACAUCCGAUUCCGGAUUUGACCGGAUAUAUUACAGAGGGUAAGGCUUUAGGCUAGCUUUUGGGAAAAUACAUUUUCUGUGACCUUGGCCUAGAUCGGAAUACUCCGAAACUAACUGAUCCCUGUCUGAAUUUCAGGCCAAAUCUACGUGGAUCGUCAACUUCACAAUCGUCUAAUUUAUCCACCAAUCAAUGUUUUGCCUUCAUUAUCUCGAUUAAUGAAAUCAGCAAUUGGCGAAGGAAUGACACGAGAAGAUCAUUCAGAUCUAUCAAAUCAAAUGUAUGCAUGUUAUGCAGUUGGAAAAGAAGUUCAAGCAAUGCGAGCUGUUGUUGGAGAAGAAGCACUAUCUUCCGAUGAUUUAUUAUAUCUCGAAUUUUUGCAUAAAUUCGAGAAGAAUUUUAUUGGUCAAGGAAAUUAUGAGAAUCGAACAAUUGUUGAAUCAUUGAAUAUUGGAUGGGAAUUAUUGAGAAUUUUCCCGAAGGAAAUGCUCAAAAGAAUUCCGCAUAAAUUGCUCGAGAAAUAUUAUGUAAGAAAACUUUGA